AUGACAACAUGGUUUCCCGGACACAUGAAAACAACUCUUAAACGUCUCCGGGAUUCCGUGUCAAAAAACGAUGUGAUUGUGGAAGUCCGAGAUGCGCGUAUACCGCUUAGCUCACGAAAUCCAGCAUUGGAAACACUCGCUGCGAAUCGAAAGCGCGUGGUCGUUUAUAACAAAUGCGACCUCGCAUUUCCCAGCGCAGGCGAUUUGUGCAAAACACGUGCGCUAAAUAGUGUGCGGGCUUUUGAGGAGACGUAUGUUGAAACACUUGCACGCUGGGAGACGAUUCAAACAUUGCGACGGUACGUGGGCACGGUUUCGAAUGUGCCCGAGUGUAUAAAACGACUGCUGCAACUUUUACAAAAACUUACAUACUCUGACCAUGCAGCUUCCAACAGGACUGUAAAAGUUUUCGUCGUCGGCAUGCCGAAUGUUGGGAAAAGCAGUGUGAUGAAUGCUUUGCGACACGCGAGUCUUCAUCGUCGUAAAGUGGCAGUAGUCGGGAGCCAUCCAGGCGUGACACGAAAUGUUGGCGAAGUUGUUCGACUGUUUGAAGGAAAGAACGUGUACAUGGUGGACACCCCAGGCAUAAUGCUGCCCACGAUUUUGCAGCCAGAAGAUGCGAUUAAAUUUGCGCUUGUUCAUGCAAUGAAAGAUGGGCGGUUGCACAAUGCGGUCGUCGUGGAUUAUCUGCUCUACCGCUUGAACCUCAUUGAUCCAAACACCUAUACUCGUUUAUCCUCACCGACAAACGAUGUUUCGACAUUUCUUCACAACGCGGCAGUGCAUACGGGCAAGCUCGGAAAAGGUGGCACUGUAAACGACGAUCUCAUAGCAUCCUAUGUGCUGCAGCUUUACCGGACUGGCUUCUUUGGCGCCUUUGUCCUGGAUAGUAUGGAGGAAGAGCAAUGGCAACAACGGCUUGCCCUAGAAAAAAACCUCGUUCGUCGCAACCAACGGCGUGUUUGCAGUACAAGGAAAAAGGCAUAG